AGUCUGCCGAUGUCAGUGCUGUCAGUCCAUGAGUAAUGUUGCGUGGUGAUGUUUCUUUUUAUGUUUUUAUUUUCGUGAACAUCAAAAGCUUACAUUUCAUUGUAUGAUUUUGUGUAAUUUAAUUACCCCUGAGUUGUUUUUAAGUAGUGAAUUAUGAAUUAGUUAUUAAAAUAAUAAUUUGAAUGUAGGUGAAUAGUUAUUGUGUUUUGUUAUUUGAACAUGAAGGUGGACGUUGUUUGGAGGCGUCGCGGAGCUGCACAACUAGCAGCUUGCCUGGUGGUCUUGGUGGCGUGUGCUGCGUCAUCACCGGCCGCUCACGCCGCCGGCCCGCUGGGCCCCUCCGAACGGCCGGAGGCCUACUUCAACGGCACCGCCUACAUUCGGCUGUCCAGGCCCAUAUCACUCAAGCAACUCGUUGGACUCAGUUUUCGGACAUGUGUAGGAGGCGAGUUAUUCUCGCAGCGGUUCGAGGGGUACACGCUGCAUGUGACGGCGCUGUUCGAGCAGGUGGUGGUCUCGUGGGCCCGGCCCUCGCACCUCCACCGCAAGGUGGGCCUGGCCAAGGAGACGCUCGACAACCGCUGGCACUGGGUCGGACUGCGCUACAACUCCGACCCCCCCUCACUGCUGCUGGAAGUCGAUAAGGAUACACAGAUAAUAUCGAACGUGACGUGGAACCCGGAGCUGCUGUCGCCGGGGCUGCUGGAGGCGGGCGGCGCCACGCUGCUGGUGGGCAACCUGUUCAGCGGCUGCAUCCACGAGGGCCCGCAGCUCGAGUUCUUCGCCGCCACCACGCAGCACCGCAACGCCUUGUUCGAGCACUGCCCCCUCACCACUGACGACUGUAUUGACAGAAAGGAUGUGUUGCGCAUCCAGCCUAAGGACUACUGCUACAACGAGCCCUGCAUGCGACACGGCACCUGCAUAUCUCGACAUGACAGAUACGAGUGCCACUGCACGGCACGCUACACAGGCAACAACUGCGAGGUGGACGCGGGGGACCCGUGCGAGCCGGGCCCCUGCCAGAACGGGGGCCGCUGCGUCGAGGACACGCGCGGCGACUACACCUGCGACUGCCCUGCCAACUACCAUGGUACAUACUGCGAGCUGGAAGUGUCGCUGGACCCGCAGUGCGUGGCCGGCCCCUGCCGCAACAACGGCAGCUGCAGCGUGCCGCCCGGCGCCGACUCCUACGUCUGUGACUGUCCGCCAGGCUACACGGGCCGCAACUGCGAGACGGACAUAGACGAGUGCGCGACGUCGCCCAGCGCCUGCCUCAACGGCGGCGUGUGCCAGGACGCCGUCAACAACUUCACGUGCGACUGCACCGGCACCGGGUACACGGGCGCGCGCUGCGAGCUGAACGUGAACGAGUGCGAGGAGCGCGGCGUGUGCGGGCACGGCGUGUGCUACGACACGUACGGCGGCUUCGUGUGCGCGUGCCAGCUGGGCUACGCGGGCGCGCGCUGCGGCGACGUGUCGGCGUGCGCGUCGGGCCCGUGCGGCGCGGGCGGCGCGUGCGUGGAGGAGGCGGGCGGCGCCGGCUUCCGCUGCGUGUGCGCGCGCGGCUACCUGCCGCCCUACUGCGCGCCCGCCGCGCCCGCCGCCUCCUGCCAGGACAUCGUGUGUCCGCCGCACUCGCACUGUAUACCAAACAUGAUGGUAACCGGAGUCAUAGCCAAGCAAGUGAUGUGCGUGUGCGACGUCGGAUACUACGGCGCGCCGGGCGUGUCGCCCAACUGCAGCAGCCUGGAGGCGGUGUGCGAGGCGGGCGCCUGCCUCAACGGCGCCACGUGCUCGCUGGCCGCCGACCACUUCAACUGCUCCUGCGCGCCCGGAUACAAAGGCGUGUACUGCGAGCAGGCGGUCGGCAAGGCGCUGUCGGACCUGAAGGCGGCGGAGCGCUGCGCCAGCGGGCCCUGUCUGCACGCCAAGUCCUGCCAGGAGCUCCCGAGCGGGUUCCGCUGCGAGUGCGAGGCGGGCUGGGGCGGCUUGCGCUGCGACGCGCCCGAGCCGUGCCCGCGCGGCUGCGCUAACGGCGGCGCGUGCCGCGACGGCGCCUGCGCCUGCCGCCCCGGCUGGGCCGGCGCCGCCUGCGAGCUGGCGGCCGACUGCCGCGCCGCGCCCUGCGCGCCCAACUACGAGUGCGUGGAGAGCGCCGCCGCCUGGCGCUGCGCCCCCGCCGCGCAGGACUCCGCCUGCGCCUCCUCGCCCUGCCACAACGGCACCUGCCUGGCGCUCGACAACGGCCUCUUCCGCUGCCAGUGCCUGCCCGGCCAGACCGGUCGAUUUUGCGAUAUGGACAUAGACGAAUGUGCAAUAAUGCCGAAAAUAUGUAACCACGGAGUGUGCUUCAACGUUCCCGGAUCGUACGAGUGCUACUGCAGGCCCGGCUAUACGGGCGACAGCUGCGAACAGGACAUUGACGAGUGCCUAUCAUCACCCUGUAAGAACGGCGGCACCUGCCAGAACCUCGAAAAUAACUACGAGUGCACCUGCAAGGAAGGAUUCGAAGGCAAGGACUGUUCGACGAACAUAAACGAGUGCGAGGCGAACCCGUGCGCGGCGGGGUCCACGUGCCUGGACGGCAUCGCCAGCUACUCGUGCGUGUGCCAGGAGGGGCUGACGGGGCCCACCUGCGAGAUCGACAUCGACGACUGCGAGUCGCAGCCGUGCCAGCACGGCGGGCGCUGCGUGGACGGCGUGAACAGCUUCGCGUGCGAGUGCGGCGGCACGGGCUACACGGGCGACGACUGCUCCAGCAACAUCGACGAGUGCGCGCCGCAGCCCUGCCGCCACGGCGGCACCUGCGUCGACGACGUCAACGACUACCACUGCAACUGCUACGCCGCCUACACCGGCAAGAACUGCGAGAUCGACAUCAGCGAGUGCGAGAGCUCGCCGUGCAAGUUCGGCGGCGUGUGCCUGGAGCGGUCCAACGCGUCGCUGUACCGCGCCGCCGACGCGCCGCGCCUGCAGGUGGGCCCGCAGCCGCAGAUGCUGCUGCCCGCCGCCUUCUACCAGCCCUUCUCCCUCGACACGGCUGCCGGAUACGAGUGCGUGUGCGUGUCGGGCACGGCGGGCCCGCGCUGCGAGACAAACAUCGACGAGUGCGCCCCCGCGCCCUGCGAGGCCGGCAAGUGCGUCGACCUCAUCGGCUCCUACAAGUGCGAGUGCUUCGCCGGCUACGAGGGCGAGCACUGCGAGAUCGAGAUCGACGAGUGCCAGAGGUACGCGCCGUGCGCGCACGGCAAGUGCUACGACGGGCGCGCGGCCUACUACUGCCUGUGCGAGCGCGGCUGGGGCGGGCAGAACUGCUCCGUGGUGCUGCAGGGCUGCGCCGCCGCGCCCUGCCGCAACAACGGCACGUGCCACCCCUGGCUGCGCGACGAGACCGAGCACCGCUUCAACUGCUCCUGCACGCCCGGCCACUACGGCACCACCUGCGAGAAGAUCACGACGAUGUCGCUGGAGAAGAGCAGCUACGCGGAGGUGAACACGACGCGCGAGGAGGGCUACGACAUCUCGUUCCGCUUCAAGACCACGCUGGGCAACGGCCUGCUGGCCAUGGGCCGGGGACUCACCUACUUCUUCCUGGAGCUCUCCAACGGCCGCCUCAACCUGCACUCCAGCCUGCUCAACAAAUGGGAGGGAGUCUUCAUCGGAUCCAACUUGAAUGACAGCCAUUGGCAAAAGGUGUUCGUGACGAUCAACUCGUCGCACCUGGUGCUGGCGGCGAACGAGGAGCAGACGAUCUACCCGAUCAGCCAGAACGAGGCGUACAACUCGUCGGUGACGUCGUUCCCGUCCACGCGGCUCGGCACCUACGGCUCGUCCUACGCCACGCUCACGCACGGACCCAACUUCUUCGUCGGCUGCUUCCAGGACGUCGUCGUCAACGGACAGUGGGUGCUGCCGGAGGAGGCGCACGCGGGCGCGGAGACGACGACGGAGGCGGCGGCGGGCGGCGCGGAGGGCUCGGGCCCGCGCGCGCGCGCGCUGCUGCACGGCGUGCUGGCGCAGUGCCCGCGCGUGCCGCAGUGCGCGCCCAACCCCUGCCGCUCCGGCGGCGCCUGCCUCGACGCCUGGACGUCCUUCGUGUGCACGUGCCCGCGCCCGCACCUGGGCGACACCUGCCAGUACAACUACACGGCGGCCACGUUCGGGCAGGAGGCGGCGGCGCGGCGCGCGGUGGUGCGCGUGCUGGUGGCGGAGGCGGCGCGGCGCGGCGUGCGGGCGGCGCUCGACAUCUCCAUGUUCAUCCGCACGCGCAAGCCCACCGGACACAUCUUCUACCUCGGCUCGCGCGCCAGGUUCGGUCAAACGGACGAGACGCAAGUGGGCGCAUCGCUGGAGGGCGGGGAGCUGCUGCUGCACCUGCGCUUCAACCAGACGCCGGAGAACUACACGGUGGGCGGCACGCGCCUCGACAACGGCUACCUGCACCUCAUCGAGGUGGUGCGCAACUCCACGCUGGUGCAGGUCAAGCUCAACGGCACCGAGUACUUCCGCAAGUCCAUAUCGGCCGCCAAGCAGAUUGACGCACAGGUGCUGUACUUGGGUGGACCACCGCCACCAUUGGUGGACAGCAGCACUGAAGUGCCGUCCCCGGUCCCGGUAGCGGCGGCGCAGGCGCAGAUGCCCCCCGCGUCGCAGCUGCCCGCGUCCCCCGCCGCCGCCAGCCCCACGGCCCCCGCCGUGUCGCCGGCGCCCGCGCUGCCGCUGUCCACGCCCGCCCCCGCGCCGCCCACCCCCGCGCCGCCCGCCGCCGCCGAGCCCGACGACAGCGCCUACUUCAAGGGCGUCAUACAGGACGUGCAGAUCUCGAACGGCGUGAACGUGUCCAUCGUGGAGUUCUUCCCGCUGAACGUGCCGGGGCUGCAGCUGCCGCCCGCCUUCGGCGAGGUGUGGCUGGACCCCGCCGGCGUGCUGCCCGGCGUCGUGUCCGACGACCUCUGCGCCGAGCGGCCCUGUCUGCACAACGCCACCUGCACCAACACAUGGAACGACUACAUAUGUCAGUGUCCUCGCGGGUACAAAGGCAAGCAGUGCUCGGAGGUGGAGUUCUGUCAGCUGCAGGGCUGUCCGCUCAACUCGCACUGUCGCAACCUCGAUGCUGGGUACGAGUGCGUGUCGAACGCGACGUUCGACGGCGUGAACACGACGCUGACGUACAAGCUGCGGGUGCCGCGCACCGGCAACAUCGCGGCGGAGUCGGAGGCGGAGCUGCCCGACUCGCUGACCAUCACGUACCGCAGCAAGUCGGGCGGCACGCUGUUCCACGCGGAGCACGCGGGCUCGUGGUUCACGGUGGGCGUGUUCCGCGGCCAGGUGGCCGUGCAGUGGCGCGUGGGCGGCGCCGGGCUGCCCGCGCUGCGCCGCCUGCGCGCCGCCGGCCACGCCGCCUGGACCUCGCUGCGCCUCUCGCUGGCCGGCAACACGCUGCGCGGCGCCUUCCUGGAGCCCGCCGGCCACGAGGAGCUGGCGCUGGCCGCCGCCAUCGACACGCGCGCGUGGCAGCGCCUCGUCAUGGAGGGCACCAUCACGCUGGGCGGCCUGCGCCCCGGCGCCGCCGCCGCCACCACGCUGCCGCCCUCCCUGCCUACCACUAUGAGUGAAAGUUCAACGGAUCCGAACGUGUGGGAAUACUCGGAAGGCGAAGAAGUGACUGGCGACAAUUUAGCCGGAGAAUACUUCAAGGGCUGCAUGGGCGCGGUGCACGUGGGCGGGCUGCUGCUGCCGUUCUUCACGGAGGAGGAGCUGUUCGUGGGCGCCACGGCGGCGCUGCUGGCCGCGCAGCCGCACUACGCGCUCAUGUCGGGGCGGCCGUGGGGCUCGGCGGCGGGCGUGGGCUGCGUGCUGUGCCUGGAGCGGGACUGCGCUAACGGCGGACACUGCGCCGACGUCAGGUCCUCCUACUCCUGCGCCUGUCCCGCCGGCUACACUGGAGACUACUGCCAGAUUGACGUGGACGAAUGUGCAUCGCAUCAGUGUCAGAACGGCGCCACGUGUAAGGACGGCAUCGCGGAGUACACCUGCAUCUGUCCCGAGGGCUUCGAGGGAGACUUAUGCGAGCGCGACAUCGACGAGUGCCUGUCGUCGCCGUGCCAGCACGGCGGCACGUGCACGGACGGCGCGGGCGGGUUCCGCUGCGCGUGCGCGGGCGCGUGGCGGGGCCCCACGUGCGCCGCGCCGCGCCACCGCGCCUGCGCGCACCGGCCCUGCGCGCCCGCCGCCGCCGCCUGCCUGGACACGCCGCCCGAUCCCCCGACGGGCAACAACUUCACGUGCGUGUGCAACGAGGGCUUCGAGGGCGUGUACUGCGAGUACGCCUUCUGCGAGCUCACGCCCUGUCUGCACGGCCACUGCGUCAACGAUACCAAGUCGGCGCGGUGCGUGUGCGCGGCGGGCUACAGCGGGCGGCGCUGCGAGGCGGAGCGCGACGAGUGCGCGGAGGCGGGCGGCGCCGCCGCCUGUCUGCACGCCGGCCGCUGCCUCGACGCCACCGGCGACUACCUCUGCGACUGCAGCGGCACCGGAUGGACGGGCGCCCGCUGCGAGGUGGACGUGGACGAGUGCGCGGCCGGGCUCGUGAGCUGCGGGCCCGGGGACUGCCUCAACCUGAACGGCUCCUACACAUGCCUGUGUGCGCCUGGGUUCUGCGGCAACGAGUGCUCGCUGCAGGACCCGUGCUUCGCGCUGGGCGAGGGCAACGGCACGGGCCCCUGCCUGCACGGCGGCACGUGCGAGCAGCGCUGCGCCGCGCACACUGACUACGUGUGCCACUGCGUGGACGGCUGGGGCGGACACAACUGCUCGCAGCAGGUGGUGGCGUCGGGGUCGGGCGCGGGCGACACGUCGGCGACGGUGCUGAUCGCGGUGGGCGCGGCGCUGCUGGCGCUGGCUCUCGCCGGCGGGGCGCUGGGGGCGCUGGGCGCGCAGGCGCGGCGCAAGCGAGCCACGCGCGGCACGUACUCGCCGUCGGGGCAGGAGUACUGCAACCCGCGCGCCGAGAUGAUGCAGCACGCGCUCAAGCCGCCGCCCGAGGAGCGCCUCAUCUAGCCGGUACUGACACAUCUAGCCGCUACUGCCGCGCUGCCAUUGUGACAUUUAAGAAAACAUGAAAAUCGAACAAAAAUAUUAGAAAUACAAGAAGAAAGUUAACACGAACCUCGUCGCAUAUCAACCAAAUGACUGUUGUGUGCGUGUGCGUGUGAAUGAAGAUUUGUGUGUGUGUCGAGUGUUCUAGUUUGUACCUGUACGUUUUAUACAUUUGGACAGUGUGAGUGUGUGCGUGACAUAACUAAUAAUUAGCUUUAAGAAGUGUGGCGCCACAGAGCGCCGCCACCCUGUACUUAACUUUACCACGCAGACGAAUUAUAUAGUGAGAGUAGUGGUGACGCCAUGUCGCGUCAGGUCAACUCGUGCGCAGGCCGUGGCUGCAGUUUGUACGGGUUUAUUACUUCAUAGGCUUUUGAUAUAGAUAUUAUAUAACUCGGUGCACUUGUUGAUCUCACACGACGUGCCGGCGCGGGCACACAGUGUACAUUUUUUAUAAAAAUGACAAAUUUUAUAAAUUAAUACAGACUUGAGUACUUAUAUCUAGGCUAAGAACGCGACUAUUUUCAUAUGAAGUUAUUUAAUGCAAUGUCUGACUCUGUAUAGGGGCGACUUAUAUUGAGAUGUAUGUAAACACUAUACUUGAUAACACAGUGCCUGACUUUGAAGAACUUCGAAUUUUUAUCGUAACGUGUAUUCUAUUGUAUUUGGAAACAAUCAUGGUAACUAGCAUUGUAUUUUUGAAACAUGUAAUAUUAGAUGUAUUUCUGUAAUAAUAAAAUAAAUUAGCAAUAGGAUAAUAAAUGAAUUGUAGGAAUAACUGUUGACUGUCCGACUGCUGACACGUCCGUGUACGUAUUCAUGAUGAAUUCGAAUACAAAUAUUUAUUAUCUAGUAGUAGUCAGUAAGCGUAACUGUUCGCCGCUGAGAGGUCCGCGACGCCGCGCCACAUUCCAGGUGCGCGUGGGUUUUGAUAGCUCUUGUUCGGAUAUGCUGUUUGAACUUUUUUACAUAAAUGUGAUAAAACAACUACUUAUUAGCGUAUGCUCAAGCGUUAUUGCGAUAUUUAUAAAUAAUAUAUACAAAGCGGCGUAAUAUUUAGAAGCUGUCAAAACGUAACGUGCUAUAGAUUUAAUAAGAUGAUCGGUGUAGCGAAGACCUCAGCGGCGCAAUUUUAUUAACUGUGACAAAUAGAGCGAGCGGUGUGCAUAUGCAAUGUUAAAUAUAUUAAUGAUGGUAUUUAUAACUGUAAUCUUGACCAAUGAAUUGAGCGUACCAUUAGUAUUUAUACAAUUUGAACAAAAUUCUAACGAUGAGUCACCAACUGCAUUGUUUUCAGUGAUUCCAGUUGUGUGCAAAUCGCUCGCGUUUAUCUGCGUUUGUUUAGUAUAAGGAUUAGACGUAGGUAAGUGGUAUUGAAAGCGUGCAAGAUUCUAAAUUACAUGAUAGUGAAGACGCCACUCGUCCGCCUAGUGCCGCGCACUCGGCCGCGCCUAGUGUACACUCUAGUUAGCCACAUGUGCGCCACACGUGCGCCACGCCACAGAGGUAGCUCUUGAUUAGUGGACAGUAGCACACAAGUAUAUAGGUUAAUGUAUUCCGAUAUGUAAAUAUGUAAGGUUGAGUAGAUAGGGCGCGCCCCGAGUGCGGCAGGCUGCGGCGAGCCGUCCGUGCCUUAACCACAAGUCUGUAUAUUUAUGUACCGUAUACACGCGUGACGCUGUCACCGCUAGGCUAGGCGUAUACUGUAGCUGUAGGCGAUAAGUACAUGUACGUAGCGGCACACGAGCCCCCCUGUACUUACUCAGUGCUCAACUAGCUGCUCGUCAGCGAUAUUUCUUUAUAUUUUGAUUUCGUUGCCUUGUUUAUAAGAUUUUUAACAAAUUAUUAUUUGUAACUUAAUAUUCCAUUUUUGUGAUAAUUCUUUUGAUUUUAUUGUUGCAUCGGUUUAUGUAUUAUAUUCUUAUGUUUUGUUCGUAACAGUAGAGAAGUGUUCCAAAUCAGUAUUUAUAGAUUUCGGCCGUCCGUUAAUUAUAAUCAAUUUAUUGUAUAGUAAGUGUUCUGUACCCAUAUAUGAACUAUUGUACAUUUUGUAUUGUUCGAAGUACACUCAAGUUUCUAAAAUAAGUGACUGCAGAGUGAAUAUAAAGUAACCGUAACAGAUAAAUGUAAGUAGAUUUUAAAUUGAAUCAAUGUAACUAUUCCUCGUAGUAAAUACUAAAUCAGCGCAUGUCGACUCUACUCACUGUAGCGUGAGAACGAUCCGUUCCACGCGCCGCCCUAGUGUACAGCACCCGAGCCUUUUGGCCUUACUCAAUAAACAAAUAUUAUAUGACA